AUGAGAUUUAAUGAUAGUACCCCAGAUAGAGUAGAACCAGAAGCUGAUAAUAGGUUGGCACCCAAAUUAAAGGAGACAGUUAAGAAGGAACAAUGGUAUGUACAUGCUUCCCCAUAUAAGUUACUCAUCCCAUACCCUCAGAGACUUGCCAAUUCUAAAAUUGAGGGUCAAUUUAAAAAGUUUAUGGAGCUCUUGAAGCAUAUCCACAUUAUUGUUCCCUUUAUGGAGGCCAUUACACAAAUUCCCUCUUACGCUAAGCUCCUCAAGGAGAUCCUGUCUAAUAAAAGAAAGCUUGACAAUAAUAGUACUGUGGGACUCACUGAAGAGUGUAGUGCCAUAAUACAAAAUAAUAUGCCACCAAAGUUGAAAGAUCCAUGGAGUUUUUCCAUCCCAUGUGUAAUUAGCAAAUAUGUCAUCAACAAAGCUCUUUUUGAUUUAGGAGCUAGCAUGAAUUUGAUGCCUCUCUCGAUCUGUGAGAGGCUGGAUUCACAAGGUUUAAAGCCCACUAAUAUGUCCCUCUAG